AUGCCUUCAAUAUCCGGCCAGUCCAUCCUCGUCAUCGGCGGCUCAUCUGGCAUUGGCUUCGCCGUCGCGAACCUCGCACUCCAGCAAGGCGCCUUCGUCUCGAUCGCCUCAUCAAACCCUACGCGCGUAGCCGACGCCGUCACCAGACUCCAAUCCUCGCACCCCUCCCUUCCAGAAACACAUAUAAAGGGAUUCACCAUCGACCUCCAAACAGCAACCGUGGAAACAGACCUCGAGGCCCUCCUUACAUCCGUAACAGCCACCUCGAAACUCAAACUAAACCACAUCAUCCUAACCGCCGGCCGCGCCUGCAUGCGCGCCCUCCCCGAUAUCGACCUGCGCUACAUCCAGAACGAACUCCACCUCCCCCUCAUCGUCCCGGCCCUCCUCGCAAAGCUCGCCCCGCGAUUCCUAAAACCUUCCUCCACAUCCAGCCUAACAUUCUGCGGCGGACGCCUCGGCACAAAACCCUCUUGCGGGUGGCCGAUGGGCGCGGCGUGUUCAGCGGGACUGGAUGGGCUGACGCGCGCGCUUGCGCUGGAUAUUGCGCCGCUGAGAGUCAACGUUGUACAUCCCGGCGCGACGGAGACGGAGCUCUGGGGGAGCCUUGAGGGGGCAGACCGCAGACGGACGAGGGAGUAUUUUGCCAAGACGAGUUUAUUGGGCAGGGUUGCGGGGCCGGAGGAUGUCGCUGAAGCGUUUGGGUAUCUGAUGCGGGAUGGGAAUGUUACGGGGGCGAGUGUGCAUUCUAGUGGUGGGGUGUUGCUGCAGUAA